UCUCUAUCUGUCUCUCACUUUAUUUCUUUACCUGUGUCACUGUCUCCCUGUCUCUCUCUCCCUCUUUCUAUCUGUGUGUGCUCGCGCGCGCACUCUCGUAUCGAAAGAAGGCAGCACACCACACCAUCGUGAAGAAACGAAGAAGAAAAAGAAAAAGGAAGGGCCGGUAAGGGAAGAGAAGGGACGGGAGAAAAGAAGCGAAGGGAUCGAGUUACGAGGAAUCGAUGCGUCGUCGAUAUCCUAGCGUCGAACGUUCCAACCAGCAGAAGUCACGUUUUCAAAGUUUGACGAUUUUUCUUCUUCCUUGCUACGGUAGUAAAAUAAGAACAAAACAUUUGGUAUCAAGAUAGUUCUUAAGAUACUACUUUGAUAUAAUACAUUGAUCGAUUUGGUGAACCUUCGUGAAUUUGUUUUUUAUUUUAUUCCAACGUUUUAUAUCUAACUGUGUGAUAAAAAAGAAAAAAGAAGAACAGGAAAAAUUUCUAAGAAAGGUGAUCGUCCUGGUGUUUUGUGCAAGGAAAACGAGAAGUCACUAUAUUGGAGAGGAAGAGGGAAAGCGGCGUGCCGCUCUUCUGUGUGCCGCGACAGAGACGAUCGUCACAGCCGGAAAACGAAACAUUUUAAAUAGGAAAAAAUAAGAAGGAAGUUCUCUUGGCUGUUUAAAACGAGCUUCUAUUCUAAAAUACCGAUGCGCUCUUGCUUGCCUUCCUCGGGAUCCGAGGACAGCUGCAAGCGCAUACCUGAACGGAUCCGGUGCCAGGAUUGUAUUGUAAUGACGAAAUGAUCGCAAGCCUGCCGAUAAAUAGCGGCGGCAGUGGAGGGCCGGUGAGCCGCGUGGGUCGUGGACUAACCCUUCACAGAUCCAACUCAAGUUUAGAACUACCUCACAGUCCUGAUCCCGCCUCUCGGGUCCCGGAGACACCCCUCAGAAGGGAAUAUGGAUCUCACGGUAGCAUCGACGUAGUAGCCGCCCAAACAGUCACAGUCAAUGAUAAUAUCUUUGCGAUGCUACAAGAUUUUCGACCGACGGAUCAAAGAAGUCCAAUAAACGUGGAUUAUCUGAGACGUGUUCAAGAUACUCAGUCGGCGCAGGACACUGACGAGGUCUGUGGACCAACUGGUGGUGGUUCCAGUCCGAAAUUACGAUUAAAGUUAAACAGAUUUUGGGGUGGUAAAUCACCUCGUGCUAUGGAAGAAACUUGUGGUAGUCCAGUCGUAUCGGCUGACGUCGAGGAGCGACAUCGUAGGCGAGCAUUUGCUCAUUACGAUUGCCAAUCGCUUACGGCUAAUCUCGGUUACGCUGCUAAGCUACGAGGUAUACUUUUAGCGAGAAGAAGAAACACGGCAACCGGUGCUUCGGCUGCUAGCGCUUUAAGAGCUUCAACUCCAGACGAAACUCCUGAAGAAGAUGCUGGAGAUGGAAAAGGCAACGACCUUUUGGAAUCGUGUCCUUUCUUCCGGAAUGAGAUUGGAGGUGAAGGGGAACGUGAAGUUGGCCUUACUCGUUGCCCACACGUUAAUGGAGUUCACAGGCCAGCGUUAUCCUAUGGUGUCUCGGUUUUGGAACCUUUACCAAGUGAAACAUUAUGGAAACACACGUGCCCAGUACAAAAACGGCCACUUCCAAUCGAAAGCGUCGAUGAGGGUGCUCAUUAUUAUCGAAAAUACUUCUUAGGUCGAGAACAUCAAAAUUGGUUUGGUAUGGAUGAACAAUUAGGUCCAGUAGCCAUUAGUAUCCGUAAAGACGUUAAUCAAUAUCGAAUAAUCGUAAGAACGUCAGAACUGUUAACCUUACGUGGUUCGGUGCCUGAAGAAGCAUUAGGUAUAAGGCUCCAAGGUAGAGUACCAACAAGAGAACUUUUGGAGUUAGUCGCACCGGAAGUACAAUUAGGCUGUCUCAGACUUGGAACGGCUGCCGCCGAAGAAGCUGUUGCAAGAUUGGAUGAACAGGGUCUUUCUAGCAGGUACAAGGUCGGCGUGCUUUACUGUAGAUCAGGUCAAAGGACAGAGGAAGAAAUGUACAAUAAUCAGCAUGCUGGACCAGCAUUUCUCGAAUUUCUCGAUACAAUCGGCCAAAGAAUAAGACUGCGAGGAUUCGAAGGUUACAAAGCUGGUUUGGAUACUAGAACAGACUCAACGGGUACUCAUGCAGUAGCUGCUACUCAUCGGGGAGCGGAAGUUACGUUUCACGUGUCGACGAUGUUACCCUUCACACCGAAUAACCGGCAGCAGCUGUUAAGGAAGAGACAUAUUGGGAACGACAUAGUGACAAUAGUCUUUCAGGAGCCGGGAGCUCUACCGUUCAGUCCUCGAAGAAUACGUUCACAAUUCCAACACGUGUUUAUAGUCGUAAAAGCCAUUAAUCCUUGCACGGACAAUACGCAGUAUAGCGUAGCUGUUUCCAGAAGCAAAGAGGUACCUAUUUUUGGACCACCUGUUCCACCAGGAGCGACAUUUACAAAGGGGAAAGCUUUUGCGGAUUUCAUUCUUGCGAAAGUAAUUAAUGCCGAAAAUGCGGCACACAGAUCAGAAAAGUUUGCCACAAUGGCGACAAGAACGAGACAGGAAUAUUUAAAAGAUUUGGCAACUAAUUAUUCUUCUGCGACAGUAGUCGACACUGGUCAAAAGUUUUCGAUGCUGUCCUUCAGCAGUAAAAAGAAGACAAAUGUUAGACCAAGAUUAUCUUGUGAUGCAUCUCAGCGCGGUGCGAUUUGUUGGCAGGUCAUUCUUGAAGAUAGUAAUCAAAACACCGAUUGCUAUCUUGGAAUAAGCAUUGAUACUAUCGUACUAAUCGAAGAACAUUCGCGACAAAUCGUCUUUGUGACUCCUUGCGUCAGCGUUCUUGGCUGGCAUGCUCAGACCAAUAGCCUAAGAUUGUAUUAUCAUCAAGGCGAGUGCAUAACGAUCCAUGUGCGUGGCGAUUAUGGUGAACGCGAUGAAUUGAUGGAAAUAGUUGCACGAUUGCGAGCGGUGACGCAAGGUGCACCAGCAUCUGAACUUUCCCUCAAAAGAAACAACGUCGGACAAUUAGGUUUUCACGUACAACCGGACGGUGUGGUGACUCAAGUCGAAGCUAUGGGACUUUCAUGGCAAGCUGGUCUUCGACAGGGCUCGAGACUCGUCGAAAUUUGUAAGGUUGCUGUAUCAACGUUGAGCCAUGAUCAGAUGAUUGAUCUUUUAAAAACCAGUGCUCAAGUUACUGUCACUGUAAUUCCACCCACGAACGAAGGCAAUCCCAGAAGAGGAUGCCCGUUACAAAAUUGUCAGCAUCUUUCGAACAAUUACGAAGGUGAUUAUGAAAACGUAACCAACCCGGACAACACGCCGACUCAACAGAUUGCCAUGUCACAUCAAAAACGAUACGAUCGAUCUUUUAGUCCGCCUAGAUCUAGCAAUAGUUCAGGGUACGGAACUGGAUCAAGUUCGAGAUCGUUUAAUGAUCCCAGGUUUCCAUUAGAAGGUACAAUGACUAGCAGUAGCAGUGGGCACAGCAGUACCGAUGAUCGUUGGUACGAAUUAUGGGAAUCACAGGAUCAAGAUAAUAAUGUACAUCGUACGGAUGGCACACCACCACCACCAUUGCCAGCAAGACAGAAUUAUCAAUCUCAUACUCCGAAUAAAGCAAUACCAGGACAAAAGAAAGAGAAAGAAAGUCAUUAUGCGAGUAGCAAACAAUUUACUGACAAUUCAAAACAUCAUAAUCACGAUCACUACACCAAGGAAAGUAGCUAUGUUUCGGCCAAAGUCAUCCAAGAAAAUGCGAGGCACGAGAAUUAUCAAAGACAUUUGGAUAACGCUCAUCGGAAUCAAGAUCACGUAACGUCAAAUUACGUGAAGUUACAAAAAGAGAAGUUCGAGAUCAAACAAGAAAAUCUCUAUGCGUCACAAAGAGAUCUCCUAAAGAACGAUUAUCAACAUCACUCUACUCAUCAAAAACUUAGUGCUUCCAAUUCCUUACCAUUGGCUCAAAACGCUAAUUAUAGUCUUCCCAAAUCUGCCAGUAACAAUAAUCUUAUUCGAUAUAACGAAUUCGAUCAGACAGGUCCUAAAUACGAGUACGAAGGUAAACCGGAUAGAACUUCGAAGUAUGAGAUACAAGAAGAGAAAUUUUCGGACCGAAACACGAAUAAAUUUGAUCAAGAAACGCGUAACGAUAUACGUAACGAUAUACGUAAUGAAAAACGUGCCACGACAGGUUAUGAAUACUCAGAAGAUUCCUAUGAAAAGAGGAACAGCAAAUACGACAUAGAAAUCACCAAAUACGAUUUGGAAAUGAUACAACAAAACAACGAUAGAAAACAUAAUAAUAAUGAAAAUAACGAUCACAUUCGAGAACCAAUUAGAUACGAAAUGCCUCAUGAAUUUAAAGUUGGUGAGAAAGUAACUUGUUUGAAAACAACUAUGUCUGAGCGACCAGUUCCCCACAAGGUCAAUGUCGAAUAUAGACAGACAAAGGACUUUGCUGUAAGUCUACCACCGGAAGUUAGGAUUCCGGAAAGCAAUUCUAACGAAGUAACAACUUUACCCAGUGAAGACGAACUAUCUAAUGGUUCAGGAAGCAUCUCACCGAGAUUAAGAAGAGCAAACAAGCAUCGUGCUGGUAAUUUAACACCAUCGAGUGGUAGCUCGAGAAAUCAAAGUCCUCGUCCGAAACCAGGUGUUAGAAAUUCUCAUCGAAAUUCAGCUAAUCUCACUUCGAGUACAUUACAAGAAGAUCUAAUGAAACUAAUCAAUCCUGAUUACAUAGCUGAUGAUAGUCAGCUAACGAACAAUAAUAUAUCGAAUAGCAUUAUGAGCGCUAACCAAAAUGCCAAUAAGAUAAAUAACAAUAUGCUAGAAAUUCAAAACAGAUGUAGAUCCAGAGAGAAUCUUUGCGGUAAUAGUGCUUCUACGCUAAGCGUUUUACCUGCUAAUGGACAGGAUAAUGGUAAUAAUGGUUCGGAAGUUAUUUUGACUAUGGCUAGACCAGCCACUGUUAUCUCUAAUGCUAGCACGGCGUCUAGUCCAGCACCAAGCGAAAACAAAUUAUCCAAGGAGGAAAGAUUAUCACCGCGCGUUACAAAGUCACCACAUUCGAUGUCAAAGCCUAUAAACAAUUUAACUUCCAUUAAAGACACGAAAACGCACGUAGAUAGCGAUGUAGAUUGUUGGCAAAAUCAUCAUGUAGACUCAAAUAAUAAAACAUCAAAACAGCAUCCUCAGGAAUGGACAGACGAUAGGAUUAUUGAUGGCUGUAAUACCAUUGCAAAUUCUGUCUCCGACUUGCAAUCUCAUCUCUCGACUCUCGAGUUGAGAGUAGCUAGGGAAACACGACGUCGUCUCUCUUUAGAAGAUGAAGUUCGUCGUUUGAGAGAUGAAAAUCGACGCUUGCAGGAUGAAAGUCACGCAGCUGCUCAACAACUUCGCCGCUUCACCGAAUGGUUUUUCCAAACGAUAGAUCAUCAGUAAAAAAGAAAAAAUAUAAAGUCUAACUAUACUAUUAUAUUUACUACUGAUGAAAUGAAUUGCGAUGAUCUUCCGAGUCUCGUUAAAUCGAGACUAAAUCGGAUUUAAAGAAAAAAUCCCAAGAGCUCGAUCAUAUUUUCUUUUUCUCAAUAUAUAUAUAUAUAUAUGUUUUUUUCAUAUUGUAAUCGUUAAGCUCAAUUUAAAGAGAGCAUAAUAAUCGAUCUUAAGUGCAGUAUUAACAUUGCCCUAUUUGGGUCAACUACAUCGAUAUUCAAAACCUUCAUUUAGUUCAUAUACAUAUAAAUAUAUAUACACACACAUAAACACAAGAAAACAUAUAAGUAUGCGUAUAUACAUACGAAUAUAAGGAGAAAAAUAUUCCAACGUACACGUUUAAAAAAAAAAAGUUACUAGAUCAGGGAGAAGAAGAAUCUUUUGAAUGUCGUGUCAAAAGAAUUUCCCACCUGCAUGUACCAUAUUAGACUCGUUAGAUUACCUUAGUAAGGUGUAAGAUAUUAUUAUUAUACCUUAGUAUGUGUAAGAUAUUAUUCGUUACCACCAUGUUGUAGUUGGAGAAAAUAUUGUCUAAGUAUAUUCUUAAUAUAUCUAACAAAGGGAAUAUUACAUUUAAAAAUUAAAGACGAAAGAAAAAAAAGAUAAUAAAAGUGAUCAACAAGAAUUUCAAAUAAAAAAGAAGAAGAAGAAGAAUAGAGUGCGUUGAUUAGAAAUGGUAAGUACUUUUGUUUAAAGAUGCACGCUAAAUAGACAUUAUAGUAACCAUGUAAGUGCGUUUAAAAGGCGACCAAAAGACCAAAUAUUCCUAGUGUACUAAGGAUUUACCGUAUAAUGCAACUGUAAUUUAUUACAUAUUUUAUAUACCCUUACAUUUUAACA